AUGGCCAAGAUGCUGGUCGACGGUGGCGCGGCGGUCAACCUAAUGCCGUACUCCACCUACAGGAAGCUGGGCAAAACCCCCAAAGAUCUCAUCAAGACCAACAUGAUGCUAAAAGACUUCGGGGGCAAUUCAUCGAAAGCCAAGGGGUGCCUAAAUGUCGAACUCACAGUCGGAAGCAAGACGCUACCGACCACUUUCUUUGUCAUCGACGAUAAAGAAUCUUAUAGCUUGCUCCUUGGAUUCACACCAACUGCUGCAUCUCGUCAACCAUGCAUCAAAGCCCGAUACAGUGGCAUGGAGACCAAGUGGAGGUGGUCGCAACAGAUAGAGUGGGUCUCCAACAUUGUCCCGGUGCUCAAGAACAACGGCAAGCUUCGGGUAUGCGUGGAUUUUAGAGAUCUAAACAAGGCAACUCCGAAAGACGAAUACCCGAUUCCAGUUGCCGAUCAGUUGGUGGAUGCAGCCUCAGGACACAAGAUGAUAAGCUUCAUGGACGGCAACGCCGGCUACAUCCAGAUAUUCGUGGCAGAUGAGGACAUCCACAAAAAAGCUUUCAGAUGCCCGGGAGCAAUCAGCCUGUUCGAGUGGGUCGCCAAGUACGAAGCACUGGUCAAAGGGUUAGAACUGUUGAAAGAGAUAGGUGUCGAGGCAAUUGAAGUCAUGGGGGAUUCCCAGUUGGUGAUCAAGCAGCUAUCCAGGGAAUAUGAAUGCAGGGAUGAUAUCCUCAGAACCUACUACGAGAUAGCCAAAGAGUUGCUAGAAGACUUCAAGCAAGUUACGCUGACCCACAUCCCUAGGGAACAGAACGCCGAGGCAAACUGUCUCGCCCAAAGAGCGUCAGGUUACCGGUUGAUGAGCUCGGAGACCGAGGUAGAGAUAGCGCAACUUGAGCAGACAGAAGAAGCAAACAUAGCCUGUGCAAAAGCCAAUGAUUGGCGACAUGAGAUCAUUGAUUAUCUGAAAGAACCGUCAUCGUCGGCCAACAGAAAAAUUAAGUAUAAAGCGCUUAAAUAUGUGCUACUCGAAGACUUGUUGUACUACAGAACGAUUGAUGGUGUGCUGCUGAGAUGCCUCGCAAAAGAAGAAGCCAAAGUGGUGAUGUGCGAGGUGCACGAUGGCAUAUGCGGCACCCAUCAAUCGGCCUACAAGAUGAAGUGGUUGCUACGAAGAGUGGGAUACUAUUGGCCGACCAUGCUGGAAGACUGCUUCAUGUACUACAAGAGCUGUCAAGACUACCAAAAGUUUGGAAACAUACAAAGAUCGCUAGCAUCGGCUAUGAAUCCGAUCAUCAAACCUUGGCCGUUCAGAGGUUGGGGCAUCGACAUGAUCAGACAGAUAUACCCUCAAUCAAGCAAAGGACAUAAAUUCUUACUGGCAGCUAUAGAUUACUUCACCAAGUCGGUCAAAGCCAUACCACUGAAAAGGGUGACUUCGGCUGAUGUAAUUAAUUUCAUGAAAGAACAUAUCAUCCACAGAUUUGGAAUUCCCCAUACCAUAACUACCAAUCAUGGGUCAGUCUUCAUCUCGGAGGAGUUUCAACAAUUCAUUGUCGAUAUGGGGAUCAAGCUCCUUAAUUCAUCUCCUUAUUACGCUCAGGCUAAUGGACAACAGAGGUAUCAAGCAAGAGUUUGA